UUUUGAAUCUCCUUUUCAUCAGAGGUACGGGGUACACGAAUACUACGCUAAGAAAUACACUAAAACCCAUUUCUAAUUGCCCUUGUUCCCAACAAUAAUGCGCCGAAUAUUACGGACCACCGUUCCUCUUAUAUAAUCCCUUGAUCUGCACGUGCUUUCAAAAUAUAAUCCCCGGAUUCCCUCCUAUUCUUACUUUUGCAUAUACUAAGCACUCUACGGACAAUGGGCAAAGCAAAGGACUUGGCCGAGAAGCCCGCCUAUCUCAGCUCCGCUGCCGCCAAGUAUGCUCUCGGUGUCCAUCGCGGUCCUUUUGCGCCCAAAGAGUCUCUCGAUGGCAACGAUCUCCAGCAUGUCGAGACUGCGGACACCAUCACACUUGAGAACAUCAAGCGCACACCCACCCAGAAUCUGCGGCGACACUGGUUUCGGUUCUGGUGCUGUUAUGUCUUUUGGUCGAUCAUCUUCCUCGCCAUUUUCCUUCCUAUUUUCUUCCUAAUAUGUAUCCCCGCCAUCUCCCAGAAUGUCCUCAACCGCUCGACCCUCCUCCUCGUCGAAUCUUCGAUCCUCGAACCCCGUCCCGACAGCAUCUCCCUUAGCAUGACCUCUGCGUUGGAUCUCCCCGUCUCGCUCCCCGUACGCAUCGACCCCAUGGCGCUCGAGCUGUUUAACCGCGAACAACCCAUGAACAACACAUGGGGCAUGGUGUAUCUGGGCCCGUAUUUGGUCAAGGGAAACACCACGUUGGGCGUCACGAACCAACAUACGCCAAUUGACCCGGAGCAGUGGUACAACUAUGUGUGGAAGUUCGUGCAUUUGCAUCACCCGCCGCUGUCGGUGCGCGGGAAGACCACGUCGUACUUGGGACAGUUGGUUAGUAAGGUCACGAUGAAUAAGGAUAUUCCGCAGACGACGUUGAAUAACUUCACCGGGUUCUCUAUUGAUGAUAGUACACUCAUCGAGGCCCGCGAAGAUGGCACCAAUCUCCUCGCCAACGCCACUCUUCCCAAUCCCUCUGUCGUGACAUUGGAAAUCGGAAACACAACAAUGAACCUCUUCAGCGGCGAUAUCCUCCUCGGAAAUGCCACCCUUCCCAAUCUUUUCCUCCGCCCCGGCAACCAUGCGACCCCCGUUGAAGGCAUCCUCGACCUCAGUAUACUCAUCCAAAACCUGUCCGAAAUCGUCAAAGACCAAGCCGAGUACCUUAAAAAAGGCAACCUCCGGCUCAAAACCAUAGGCACCAAUGUCGAAUGGAAUGGCGUCCAGGUCCCUUACUACACGAAGGUCAUGAAGGGUCUCACCUUGGAAGCAGAUGUGCCGAUAGCUGGGUUACUCGGCAACACUGUUCACAGUCUAUUUCACGGAAAGGACAACCCAUUGGCGAAUCUAUCCCUCACCAUGCCGGAGACGGACGACAGUGAUGGGAGUAUCCUGGAUGGGACUGCUCUGGAUAAUUUGAGGAAACUGAAGAGGGCCAUGGGCGAUCUUAAUUUGGACAAAUACAGGACGAGGAAGCGCGGGAUGGAAAUGACCGUCGCGGAUCUCAUGGCGAGGUUAUAACCGCAUAUUUCCGGAGAAGGAAUGUAUGUCUACGACUCAUGAAUUACGAUGACUUUUCAUUUUGAUUCAGAGUCACGUCGCUCUUUCAUGCCGAUAUGAUUGGAGUUUGGGAUUGGAUUUUUAUUUGCUUGCACAUACAUAGCUCGAUACCACAUACAUAACUACACCUACGGUGUACUAUACUGCCACCACCAAUACUUGAAUAAUAAUUUCAAUGAUCAUCACACGCUAUCGGCU